AUGUCUUCCCGAAAGAAGGUCCUCUUGAAGGUCAUAAUCCUGGGUGAUAGUGGUGUCGGGAAAACGAGUUUGAUGAACCAAUAUGUCAAUAAGAAAUUCAGCGCAAGCUACAAAGCUACGAUUGGUGCGGACUUCCUUACCAAGGAGGUGUUGGUGGACGAUCGGUUGGUGACGAUGCAGCUUUGGGAUACUGCCGGGCAAGAGAGAUUUCAGUCGUUAGGUGUGGCCUUUUACAGAGGAGCAGACUGCUGUGUCCUAGUGUACGAUGUCAACAACUCCAAGAGUUUUGAUACUCUUGAUAGUUGGAGAGACGAGUUCCUGAUCCAAGCAUCACCAAGAGAUCCGGACAACUUCCCAUUCGUUGUACUCGGUAACAAGAUUGAUGUAGAGGAUAACAAGAGAGUGAUAUCUGCGAAACGCGCCAUGACUUUCUGUCAAUCGAAGGGUGGAAUCCCUUAUUUUGAGACGAGCGCAAAAGAAGCUAUCAACGUUGAGCAAGCAUUUGAGGUUAUUGCAAGAAAUGCGCUGGCUCAAGAGGAAUCAGAAGAAUUCAGUGGCGAUUUCUCGGAUCCUAUUAACAUUCAUAUCGAGAACGACAGAGAUGGAUGCGCAUGCUAG